GACUUCGAGCCUAAAUGUUAAAAUAUCUAAAAAGUUGGAAAACUUCGAGUUCAAAGUGCUUACGGAUUUGAUCGAUAGAAUUUGGAUUCGGUUUUAUGGAAUUGAAUAGAGCAGAAACUCUCGCGAUGAAUCACAUUUUUCGUCUCUAAAUUCUCUAUUGAGUUUUAAAUAUUUUUGAAGAUUCGUGAGAAAUUUUGUAGCUUCAAAAAAUAUACGAUGGCCGAGGCAAAGAUGCUUCUCGCGAGAAUAUUCCUUCUCCUCUCGACAUCACGAAUGAGUCUUGGCAUUGAAAAACAUUGGCUGCCCGAUCUCGAGUGGCAAACGAAAAACAAUUGGAUCGGUGGUCUUUUGCCGGAUGCUGACAGUCGCGCCGUUUUCCCUGAGGAUACUUGGCACACGGUCGGUCUACCCAACACCGGUAAACUCGAAGUGGCUGAAAUAUAUUUGCCUAGGGAGGGAUCUUUGAGUCUUGGCCUCAACGGAGUUCUAAUGUUCUCGGGAUCGAAAAAAACAUUGAAAAACGUAGAAUGGUCGAAGAAAGGGAUUUACAUGUGGGUCGAUCCCGAGAAUUGGGAUGGUUACACAUCUGCAACGCCUCAUGCCGAGAGAAUCCCCUGCGACAACGAUAUCGUUGUGUUGCCGAGCAGAAAACGUGCAUUGAGUUUAGCGUUACCGAUGGUCGGCGUCCACGUUCAAGCCGUCAAGAUCGCCGAUGAAACAACGACUCUCAAUCGUUGGGAAUGGAAACAACUGAAUAGUGGGACGCGCGAGUUUAUUGAAAGCAGUUUAACCGUCACGUACGCGACGUCGAUGGUGCAGGUUUGUAACGACUGCACCUGUCACGGCGAUCAGGACGAGGCAGUAGCUCAGGAGGUUUGCUUUUACAUGUGGCAGUCUGAAAAAUGUGGUUUUGCUGAUUGCGAAUACCCGCUUCAGGUGGAAGGUAAUUGCUGCGACUACUGCGGGGGCAGCGUGGUUCUGUCGAGCAAGGUUUCCUUGCGUAAGAUCGAGCUUUUGGUGAACAAGGCUUUGGAAAAUUAUCGUGACGUAGUAUCGUGGCACGUUAGAAAAAAGUGGGACGGCAACACCGAAGUCUUGGUGGCUGAGAAAGGAGCGUACAGCGGAACAAAUAGCCAGGAAGCCGUUGAUAUUCUCUCCGAUCUAUUGAUAGGUAACGGGAACAAUGUGCUGGGGAGUCAGACGAGCGGUGCUGCGCGCAAGGAUUCAUCUUUGAGCGUGAUACUCGUGCUCGUUUUCGGAGUCCCUGUGAUUCUGGUGUUCGUUAUGCUCGCUGCAUUUCCCUACUUCGGUUACUCGUACUCGGAGCUCGUGUCCGGAUGGCGAGAAGCAUGGUUAUCGAUUCGAGUAUCCGGAGCGCCGGAAGUGGGGCCAAAUUCGAGAGCGUCGUACGGUUUCGCUCGUUUCGAGAACGUCCCGGAAGGUGAUGUGACGAUCGACGAGGAUGCUUUGCCAGCGAUCGAGGAAAGUCUCGUCGACGAGGACGACGACGAUCUCGAUCGUCCGGGCUCCUCGAAAAGAUUCAAAAAUCCACUGUACCGAUCGAAGCGUGAAACUCUCGCGGAGAAAUCGAUCGCCGAGGAGAAAAUAAUUGACAUUGACAUGCCGGUGAGCUUGAACGUGCUUGAGAGCCGAGUCCGCGAGGAGGCAGGAAUCGAGGAAGUUGCGCUAGAUUAAUUAAAACAAAAAACUCCCACCAAUUAAUGAACAAUAAAUAAUACAUUUCCAACGAAUACGAUUUUUGUCGAUGCACAAAAAAACAUUCCAGGCGUCUUUUCCAAUUCCAAUCUAAACUUCCCUCUUGCUCCUCCCUCUCGAAUAUUCAUCCUGAAUGAAUUCUCCUGAUAUUGGUAAGAUACUCAUUCGCCGUUGAAAACGAUCGCUCGAUAGAUCGCACCCUCCUGAAACUUACGGAGACGCUAAUUUAAUUUAUCAUCAAUUCGAUCUCCUCGUUAUCGCGUUUAAGAGUAACUGGGAAAAUUCGAUCGUGGUGCGUCUUGACAGGCUGAUGAGUAAACAAUUCGAACGGAAUCGAAAGGAAUCUCAGGAGUGGAAGGUGAAGGCCUGAGAGAGCAUCGCACGUCUUUGCUCUAAACGAUAAAUGAAAAUCGUAUAUUAGGUCACACACGUGUUUAUUCAUUAUUGUCGCAUACAACACACUCGUACAUUAUAAAAAUCAGGGACUUUUCAGCUCUGACUAAUAAAAUUCUCCUCGAUAACCAAACAAA